GAAACGUACUCAACGAUCAUGCGACGUCUGCCGCUGAAGAAAACAGCGAUGCGUGGUGGACGACGGUUCCAAUGGAGUUUGCAUGCUUUGCAAGUUUCACAACCGGGAUUGUACGUUUGGCGGCCCAAGGCGAAGACCCGGCCCUCCAUCCUCUCAGUCGCCAAGGCAAAUAUCAUCUUCAAGGUCCGAAGUCAGACUGGAUAGCCUCACAGCUGGCUUAGAAUCGUCCAACACGCACUGGCGUUUGAUACGUACCAGACAAGGUCAUGACGUGAAGGAAUAUGACCAGAUGAUGGAGCCUAGCAUCAUGAAGAAGACCUUGGGGUUGCUUAACACGCACCAUUGUCGAUACGCCAGCCCGGCUAGCUCCUUCAAGCCAGUAUUUGUUGGUACCGCAACGAGUAGUGACUCCGACGAGACUGAUGCCAGCACUACACGCCUGCGCUGGGUUUCCCCUACGGAUGCUUUUCUUCUGAUUCCCGACCUGGGUACUCCGGCGUACUCACAGGAGCGGGAGGAUCUCGAAGCUAUCGAGUCUCUGGUCCGGCCAUACGGUCCAAUGUUGGUCGAUAUAUACUUCCGAGUGGUCUACUCCAGCUUCCCAGUGCUCCAUCGGGCUGUCUUCGAAGAAAAGUAUGGUCGAUCUCCUUCCGAGUUUGCCCCAGCCAGCUUGGGGAUCGUGUAUUUACUUGCGGCGCGGCAUUGGUCCUACCAGCCCUCCCUGCAAGACAGACCAAUGCCCGAUGUUGUUCAGUUGGAAAGCCUGACCCGGAAAAGCUUACAGGAUGCAAUGCGUUACCGUCCGAAGCUGUCCACGAUUCAGGCCGGACUUCAGUUACUACAAUACUCCAGCACUAACGCCGCCGAGUUGACUGCGCAGCUUGUCAACAAUGCAUACGAAAUUGGCUUUCAUCUCGAUGCAUCCCAAUGGGACAUCCCAGACUGGGAAAAGGCUCUUCGGAAACGAUUAAGCUGGGCGAUGUAUAUUCAAGACAAAUGGUGCAGUCUCGAGGCUGAAAUGCCUGCUCUCAUCAACAGCUCUCAUUGGGGCGUACGGAAGAUCACCGAGCAAGAUUUCCCGGACCAGCACGAAUAUGAUCGAGAAGGAAGUUCUGAUGUUGAAAAAGGUCGGCUGAUAUUCUGCCAGCUGAUCUUUCUCUCAGAAAUCCUCGGCGAUAUUCUGGACGACAUUCUCUCGAUCCGGGCGACAACAGAGGUUGCCGCCGCAGGUCCAAGCGGUCUGGAGCUUCUGCUGCAAACGACCAAACCUCUACAGAUCCGCCUCCGGAAAUGGUUCGCGGAUCUUUCCGAGCUUUUGUCAAUGGAAGUCUCCAACGUGAACAGAUUGUCAUCGGUAGGAUCUUUACGCCUGGCAUAUAUUGCCACGGAGAUGGCACUCCACCGCCAGAUCCUCCUGGCUCUCCCAAUUUGCGGCGAUUCUCAUUUAAUCCAGCUCUGCCAAAAGGCGGCCGCGGAUCGAUUCAUUUUCGCCAUCGACCUUCUCAAGUCAUUGAAAUCCAGCCACCUAGCCAGCUUCUGGUUUUCAAUGGCAGCCCAAAGCUUCGCGUUAGCCGGUGAGUACGGCUGCUAUGUGUACCUUGCCGAAAGUGAUCCAAGUCGACGAGAGAUCUAUCAUUUUCGCUUGAGGGAGCAUCGAUGGCUCCUCACAAUGAAUGCCAACAGCGGCGCUAAAUUCAUUCGGCAGGCGCUCAAUAGCUUGGAAGUACCUUUCAAAUGUCUCACAGACGUGGAUAUGACUGCAGAGUGCAACGUGGUUGAUGGCGACCAGAUGUCGGCUUUUGAUGCGUCUUCCGCUGCAACUGGGACCUACGACUACGGGUCCAUUUUCAAUGACUGGCUUGAUGAUUCUCUUACCUCUUUUGAGUGGUGACGCACGACAGCGUGUACUGUAGAGGCUCUACUUGGAUACUACGAUCGAGAAAGCACU